AUGACGCCGAACAUCCAAGUUCGGCAGCGUUUCAAGCUGCGAUUGGCUGACGAGUGGCCACCACUGCCCUCUCACCUCCUUCACCCACCACCACUCGUCUUUUGCCUUCCACCACCCUCCAACACCCUUCGGCGGUGUUUCAGUGCACGAUUGGCUGACGAGUGGCCACCGCCGCCCUGGCUCCUCCUUCACCCACCACCACUCAUCCUUUGCCUUCCACCACCCUCCGACACCCCUGCGAUCGACAGCAUGGAGUUCCCAGCAUUCUCGGAGUACCAGGACGUGUUCUCAGCCCCCCUACCGACGUCCAUGCUUGCGAUAUUUGUCAACCCGUCAUGGAUAAGGUAG